CUUUUCCAAUCAAAAUCUUCUUUUUUUUCAAACAUUAAUUCACACAAGCUCAAACAAACUCUUUCUCUUCAAAUUUCAUUACUUUCUCAAUUAAAUUCUUAUGCUUUUGAGAAGAUGGAAACAAUGAAACCAAAAUCAGCAAUGAACAACCGAAGCAAGAAAUUCGCCAAGACAUUCCAGAAGGUGAUUAAUCUCAAAAGCGCAACGAAAAUAGCUUCAAACAACGGAAUUUGCAUGCUCAAUUCAAAUCUCAAAGUGAAAGAAGAUCAAGAACCUUUCUCAGAUCAUCACAUCAAUACCAAUGAAAACCAUAACAACAAGAAUAAGAACCAGAACAAGAACAAAAACAAUGUUAGAAACAAAGCAGUUAUGGAAGCUCUAAUAGCUCGGCUUUUCGCCGGAGUCACGACGAUCAAAGCGGCGUACGCCGAGCUUCAAAUGGCUCAACAUCCAUACAACAAUGACUCCAUUCAAGCAGCAGAUCAAGCCGUGGUGGAAGAACUAAGAUCCAUCUCAGAAUUGAAACGUAGGUUCUUGAAAAAAGAUCUUGAUCUUUCGCCUCAAGUUACAAUAAUGCUUGCAGAGAUUCAAGAACAACAAAGCAUAAUGAAAACAUACGAAAUCACCAUCAAGAAGAUUCAAGGAGAGGUCGACGCUAGAGACUCUCGAAUCCAAUCUCUUCGGAAAAAACUCGAUGAUUGCAAUUCAUUCAACAAAUCACUCGAGAAAAAGCUGAAUUCUAACGCUUCUAUGUCACUGUUUGUUAGCCUCGAACUUUCAUCGUUGAAUCAUACUCACUUUGUUUAUUUUCUUCACCAUACUUUGAGAUCAGUACGUAGUUUCGUGAAACUUAUGAUCGAAGAAAUGGAAUCGGCGAACUGGGAUGUUGAAGCAGCGGUUAAAUUCAUUCAUCCAAACGCGGUUUGCAGUAAACCAAGUCAUCGUUGUUUCGCAUUCGAAUCAUUCGUUUGCAUAACAAUGUUUGAAGGCUUCAACUAUCCGAAUUUCGUUUCAUCAAAUGAACCUCUUCACAAUACUCAUCAGAAUCUCUACUUUGAGAAAUUCAAGAAGCUGAAAUCUAUAAGUCCAAAACAGUACUUAGAGAACAAUCCAAACUCGUCUUUCGCCAAGUUUCUAAAAUCCAAAUACCUUCAACUUGUUCAUGCUAAAAUGGAGUGUUCUUUGUUCGGAAACUUGAACCAGAGAAAGCUAGUUAACUCCGGAGAGUUUCCGGAUUCGGCUUUUUUCUUAGCGUUUUCUGAGAUGGCAAAGCGCGUUUGGACUCUGCAUUACUUAGCAUUAUCAUUUCAAGAAACUAUCACUGCUUUUCAGGUCAAGAAGAAUACUAGAUUCUCUGAGGUUUACAUGGAAAGUAUCAUAGAAGAAUCAGUUUCAAGUUCAACUACUGCUUCAUGUUCAAGGGAUUCUAUUGAUUCUAACUCCGGUGAGCUUCGGGUGGUUUUCACGGUGGUGCCGGGUUUCAAAAUUGGUAAGACAGUGAUUCAGAGUCAGGUUUACCUAUCUCUUAUGGAUUCUUCUAGAAGUUCCUAUAGAAAUUAGUUUUUCAUUUCAUGUUAUGUACCAUAUAUUAUGAGUAUAUUAAUAUACUCAUAAUAUUGUAUAAUGUAUUAUUGUUAAUUGUUAAGUAUAUACACUGAGGGUUAGUUUUAAUUUUAAAAUAUUUAUAAAAUAUAAUAACUAGUAGUCCGUUGUUGUUAAUUACUUGAGGAAAAAUAGGGGUGCUUAGGUGCAAAGUGUUGUAUACAUUUUUUGAACAUUUUUUCUUCAGUUUUCUGCUAUUGUAGAUGUAAUGUGUACAUUAUGUUGUAGUACAGUGUAAUGUGAGAAAGAUUAUGAGUAUCCUAAGAAUUACACGCUUAGGAUAUUUUAAUUAGAUUAAAUUUGUAAACUUUCAAGGGUUGAAUUUUGAAUUUGUAAACUUUACACGCUUGUAUUAUUGUGUUUACUGGUCGUGAACAAUGUUUUUUUUGUUCAUAUGUAAUGAUAGAUGUGUUUUGAAUUAAAAUUUUAUUACAUUCUUUAGAAAGUGAGCAGAGGCUAAAGCCUGCCUUAGGUGCAUGAUGAUGGGCCAGGGAUGCAGUGUCAACGGGAGAAACAAUUAAUUCAAUCGAGUAUCCAAUAUUUUUUUGGAAUGGGCAAAAAAACAGAAUCAAUAAAACUUGGCAUAAGUGAUGCCAAAUAAAACCAAUUACAGCAAGAGUUUUAGGCUUAUCAGUAGUAGCCACACUACCACAGUUCACACCAUCUUUCCAACAGACAGCAACACAAAACUGUUAACUGAGAUAAAAACUAGCACUAAAAUAAAUAACCAUAUCAGCCGAAAAACAUCGUAAACGGGCUGAUACGCACUAAUAA